GGUGAUAAGUUUACGUUGACAAACGUCAAAACAGUAAAUUGAGAUUGAUCAAUGAAAAACACCAAAUUUGUUCGAUUCACAUUCUCAAUUGAUAACUGAUUUCUGCUUAGAUAUAUUUAUCACAAUGAGCACAACUCGAGUCAAAACGCGUGAAACCAAAUCCGGCGAGAUUAUCGCAUACAGUGAGGCGGCAAUUAGGAAUAAUGCAUCCGCUGUUGAAUAUUGCCGCACAUCGAUGGCUGCUCUAUCUGGAAGUACUGCAGGAGUGCUGGGAUUGACCGGAAUAAUUGGUUUUCUGUUCUACGUGUUAGCGGUGCUCGGACUUUGGUGUAUGCUACUGAUGAAAUCUGGUUCGAACUGGCAGAAAUAUUUCAUCAGUCGAAAGAGUUUACUUACCAAUGGAUUUCUUGGCGGAUUGUGCACAUACGUAUUAUUCUGGACUUUCUUGUAUGGAAUGGUGCACGUGUACUAGAAGCAACAUUUAUCACUAUUUUAAUUAAUAUCAUAAUUAAAUUAUAUUCGUAUCAACAAAUGAAACCGAAAAUAAACAACACGACAGAGUCGCAUGAUCUAUACACCAA